UUCUAAAAGAAGUUAGACAGCCUUUAAAAAGUUGUCAAACAAUUUUUAGAGAACUUAAAAGUAGAUUUAACGUCAAAAAAUUGGGGUCAAAAUGAACCUUAAAAGGGAACAACAAAAGAAGACUGAAAACAAGCUAAGUAAAAUAAUAUUUUAAAUUUUUUACACCAAGUUGGUUUUGGACUAAUAGCUGAUGUUUAGAUUGCAUGCAUUGUGUUUCUUUUUAGGUUCACCUCUCCAAGUUAAUCCUUUCACUAAUAAAAUCUGAGGCUAAAUUUCAUGUUCCUUAGUCUGGACACAGUUAUACUCUACCAUGAAAUGUGCUUAGCAUUGUUAUAAUCUUUUAGAUUCUCCAGAACUGCACUGCAUGAUGUAUUAUAAAUAUCUAGAAUCAGAGCAGCGGGCACUGUAAUUCAUCAUUCUGCUUGUAUUAAGAACAUAAAAAUUAGCACUUGGAAACUUUGAUGCAAGUUGAAGGCAAUGGAUUAGCUUCCUUUGUUUGAAUAUUGUUGACUAAAUUAUUUCUUUGAAACUCUUCCUGUUGUGCUUGGUUUUAUUCCACAUGUUUAUGUGGCCAGGUCCAAGGCUAGAAAUAAGAGAGUUGUGUCAGACAGUAGAAGGCAGAAUUUCUAAUGUAUUAAUUUGUGAUAAACUUCUCAUGUUCCUUGUCAUAUUGCAGGCGUAUCUCAGUGCAAUUGUUAUCUACCUUUAUGCUGAUGACUUUAAGCAAGCUGAGAAGUGCUAUAAUGACUGUUCUCAGGUUGAUGCUUUCUCAGAAGUGACAAGAUCGGUUUGUGCUUAGAAGCUACUUGCUGCCUACACAGAUGGAGAUGUUGAAGAAAUCAAACGUAUUGCUCAGUCGAGUGGUAUUUCACAUCUUGACCAUGUGAUCAUUAGGCUUGCGAGGAAACUUCCAACAGGUGACGUGAAUGCAUUAAAGGCUAAGAAUGCUGCUGAAGAAGAUGACCUCGAUGAAGACGAUCUGACUUAAACUCUGGUUGUGUUCUUAUAUGUGUUUAUUUAUAGGAGUGUUGAUGAACCUAUUUCAAUUUGACGAGUAAAUUGAAUUGAUCAGUAUAUAUGGUUUUUGUAUAAAAAUAUUUUGUUUCUUGCGGUAAUGGCAGUGCAGGUAAUAAGAGGGCAGAAGCUAAUUUUUUUGUCACA